AACUAUGACAAAGAAGUCGAAGAAGAGGAUCGCAAAAAAAUUGCUUUUAAUUUAAGUCACAAGUUGUCAUGCGUAGCCAACAUGAUAGAAAGGAAGUGCCCUCAUAACAGUGCCACUCUAUCUGUGUCCCAUACUCUCCGCAAAACCUCUGCCAUUUUAUUCCUGAUUUUUGCGCAUUAAACUGUAACUAAACAGUUAGUGAAGUCAACUUUAGUGGCGCGACUUGGAAAUGUAUUUAAUCCGAGUCGUUGAUGAAUCUGUUUGGGAGUCUUUCCUUUGAUUUGUAGGUCAGACGAGUCGAUAGCGCAACAUUAUCAGCAGCAAUAAAUGUAGAAUGUAACGUUAUUGCUAGGAGGAGUAAGAAAACGCCAUGGCAGACAUAAGGACUUUCAACGUUGUGGUUUUGGGAGUGGGGUUUUUGUUCAUUUUCACCGCUUUCACCACCUGUGGGAACAUUGAACAAACUGUGGUGAAAAGCCUGCAGAAUUACACUUUCACUGGGAGUGGGUACCACAGUCUUGGAAUCAUCUAUGGGGUCUUUUCGUUCUCCAAUUUACUUGCACCAACAGUCGUUGCAGUAAUUGGACCAAAAAUGACUAUGUUUUUCAGUGGCCUACUUUACAGUGGGUACGUUGCUGUGUUCAUUGUCCCUUCAACAUGGUCCUUUUACUUGACCUCUGUACUGAUCGGUAUAGGAGCAGCCAUGCUGUGGACAGCUCAAGGGCACUUUCUGGUGGAAAACUCAGAGGCUUCCACCAUCAACAGGAACACAGGGAUGUUCUGGGCUCUCUUACAGUGCAGCAUGCUGUUUGGCAAUCUUUACAUUUAUUUUGAAUGGAAUGGAAGGACAGAGAUACCAGACAGCAGCAGGAAAAACAUUUUUCUGUCCCUGUUGGUCGCCUCCGUACUCGGUACACUCAGCUUCCUCGUGUUGAGAAAGAGCCAUCACGAAGAGGAGAUGCUCUCUGAAGAAGAGGGGCAGUCGCUGCUCUCAACUCGCACGAUCAGAUUGUGUUUACAAACUCGUUUGGUAUCUCCUAGUUACAGGUAUAAACACAGAGCAAACACUGCCAUACAGGAUGCCAAGUCAGAAUUCAAAACCAUCCUGCAACUUCUAAAGGCUAAAACCAUACUGCUACUGAGUCCCUGCAUGGCAUACAGCGGCCUGGAGCUAUCUUUCUACAGUGGAGUGUACGGGACUUGUAUUGGAGCGACUACACAGUUUGGAGAGGCAGCUAAGGGCUUGAUUGGGAUCUCUGGGAUUGUGGUAGGCAUUGGAGAAAUUGUGGGUGGUGGCUUGUUUGGAUUGCUGUGUAAGAACAAUCGUUUCAGACGGACCUCUGUGGUGUUUCUGGGAAUGGUUGUCCAUUUUGUUGCUUUCUAUUUGAUCUUCCUCAACAUCCCAGAUGAUGCCUCUGUCGUCUUUAAUACUACCACCCAAAAGAAGCCAUAUCUAACGCCAAGUGUAUCCAUUGCCCUGCUGUGCAGCUUCUUGCUUGGACUCGGGGACAGUUGUUUCAACACACAGCUCUACAGCAUAUUAGGCCGUGUUUAUGCUGAACAAAGCACGCCUGCUUUUGCCAUCUUCAAAUUCAUACAGUCUGUUUUUGCAGCGGUGGCAUUCUUCUACAGCAGUUACCUCCUGUUGAUGUGGCAGCUCCUGCUGAUGGUCAUCCUGGGCUUCACUGGAGCACUCUGCUUCUUCGUGGUGGAGAGGAUGCAGAACUUCUCUAUAGAUUUUCAGGAAUAUUAGAAAGUGGACACUUCUGCAUCAGCAGUGAUAGUUUUGUGAGACAAUCCUGUAUUUUUUAUUUCAUGAGGGGUUAUUAAAAUCUAUUUUUAGUAUUAUGAAUGCACUGAAGGUCACAUACAUUUGAAUAACAUUCACAGUCAAAACUAUUGCCACAACUGAAACCAACAACAGACAACCUUUGAAUAGCAUUACAUGGUUAUCAGUCAGCCUGGAUUGUACCUUGCACACCUGCUGUUUUAAUUACCUGACAAUACACAGUAUCAUCGUUAAUCAUUAACAUGAUUUUUCUCCUGCACCACUGCACUGUUGGUUUUGCCGUUGGACUUUUGUAACCGCUCACCUUAUCUCACAUUUAUCUGCAUUGCUUUCAGCUCAAGUUUGUUAUUAAAGACAAAUGUCACACUGUUAAAAAUAUUAUGUAUCUAAGACUUAGCAACUUUUAAAACUUUUCAUAGCUUCACAGAAUGAUUCAGUUUGAUAGAAGAGAGAAUAAUGCAAUGUUGUCAUGUUUCAGAAAUAUGUUAAAUAUCUCACAUCAGUUUGUGACUUUUAUGAGACAUUUUGCAUGUUGUCAGUGUUUUUUGCGAUUCUUUAAUGUAGUUCUACGUAUUUUGCAUUUUCAGUGAUUUUAUCAAAACGCGUGAUUAAAAGUAUUUACUUGGCAUUUUGUAAUAAACAUGUAGUUGUCAGAUGGUGAAGAGGUGAAACAGUCAAGGCCACAGAAAACAAGUGAAAUGAAAGGUUUGAUGUGUAGCUAAACAGAGGAAUGUUUACUGAGGUCAUACUUGUUAAGUUGCUUAUAACCUGAAAAUCAGACAAAUUGGGGGCCCACACUUGAAUUUUAUGUUCCUUCACUGAACUGAGUGACAUAAGUGAUUUUUUACCCCCAGCCAUCAACACCCUAACAAAAUACUUUGACAAUGUGGCAUUCCCAGAGCAGGGCCAUGUCUGAAGAAACAGGUUUACUGAAUUAUCUGGUACUUUUACUGAGAAAGAGUCUGUGUUUCAGAUUUUGGUGGACUGGAGGUUUUUAACGUAGUCAGUGCACAUCCUGUAGUUUCUUUAUUGUAUUACAAAACAAGAUGAAUCUGCUGGAUUUAAUCCUGAUUUGCCAGAUUUAUUUGAAAAUCUAUGAGGCCAUUAAUCAAAAGAGGAGCAUGAGGGUCGAGUUGGAUAGGCCCAGAGGUCCCACACUACUUCACUGGUAAUUGGGUAUUGAUCACAUUAUAAUGAGAGUAAGCAGUUUUGUGUGAUCUUAAGUCAAUUGUGCCACUUACUUGACAACAACAAAGCCCUGAUAGGCUAAGUGAAGUAUACAGCAUUUACUAACAGAAUUAAGUCAUGGCAGGGUUCAUAGUAUUGCUUUAGAGAGAUAACCUUGUAAGGAGUAAGUAACUAGGUUUGGAUAAGUCUAUUACCUGAACAUUGCUAUUAGUUAUUCCACAAUGUUUCUCCAUUGAAAAUCAUGUAAUAAAAGCUUACACAUUUAUCUGUAGCACUGUCAAGAUAAGUAAAAUAUUAAAAAACUAUAAACUGUUAA